AUGGGUAGAAAGAAAAUUGAGAUUAGACCUUUGACGGAUGAACGGAAUAGGAAUGUGACUUUUCUCAAGCGAAAAGCAGGAUUGAUGAAGAAGGCAUGGGAAUUAUCGGUCUUGUGCGGUGCGGAUGUCAACAUACUCAUUUUCAAUGCCGCUGGUAAAGCCUAUGAGUUCUCGAGUAAAGAGUUGGAUGAGGAGAUCGAUAGAUAUAUGGAUUACGAAGGGAUGAUUGAACGUCGUCGUGCACCCGAGUUCGCAGCUAUGGCUUUAGCAGGUGAAGAUGACGAAGACGAGGAUGAAGAUGAGGCACCAAGGAGAGGGUCGACUUCUAAGUCUACCGCCAAUACCACGGCAGGUCCGAAUGGAGCAGUACCAAGGAGUUUAAAAGGUAAAGAAUCAUUCAAAGCUCGUACACCCCGUCAUUCAGAUAAAGGUAAAUCGUCCUCGUCAAGGUCUAGUAAACAUAAUAAGAGUAAGAGGAGGAAGGAGAGAAGCGAAAGUGAGAAAAGAAGUUUUAUCGAUUCGAUCUUAAGUCAAAGUGAGAGUGAUUCGCAAGAUGAUGAGGAUGAUGAGGAUGAGAGGGAAAUCGGGGGUAUGAGGAGAAAGAGGAAAGAGAAGGAGAAGGAAAGAAGUAGGGAUAGACGUGAGAGACAGAGAACAGGUGGAUAUGACAAAAACGCCGCUGCUCUUCAAUAUGCCAUGAGCAUGCAUUCGGCUCAUCCCCAUGGACAUGGACAUGGACAUGGACAAGGACACUCACAUGGCCAACAUGAAUCUCGAUUCUACCAACAACAUAGGUAUCAUGAUGAGCCUGGCUCAAAUGCUCAAUUGCCAGUCGAUAUACCUCAAUUACCGAAACUGCCCUCGGACGGUACUUCGUAUAGGACAUCAAUGACUUCUGGAUUAGGCAAUGGCAGUGGCACUGGUGGACAAUCAAGUUCGACCUUUUAUGGUCAUUCUCAACCUCAAUACAUCUCUCAGACUCAUCAAUACUUACCUUCUUCCUCCUUGGAGACUACUAUACCUUCUCAGGGACAGUACAGUGGCAACGUGUCUACUUCGCAAGGUAUGGCCAACGUCUCUAGACCAGGUGGCAUUCAAUGGAACGAAAAUUUGCUAGCGAAAUAUGCCGAAUUCCAAUUACAGCAGAACCAUCAGAAACAACAGAGAUUGUUAUUGGAGAGACAGAGGUAUCAAUUACAGCAGAUGGGCGUACCGGUUGAUGAAAGGAGCUUGUUAGAUGAGAUCUUCGGAGGAGCAGGGGGAGGAAUUAUUUUACCUAUAGAGGAUUCUAAUCCGACUGGUACGGGUGGUUCAGCAGAUUUCGUGUGGCCUCUAGGCAACAAUCGAUCGACAACUACGAAUCAUCCUGAGGACCAAUUUAUGCCGCAUGAUCAAAGUGGUAAUACUAGUAGAGGUUCGAUACCGAUACCUGAUGAAAGUGUACAAUGGGGUGUCCAAGAUGGAUAUACAGUAGAUAGAGAUGAUUUGAAUUUACCUAGUCCAGUAUCGAAUGGCCCUGGACCCGGACUUGGAGCAGAGGGAAAGAGAAAGGCGAUGAUUUUUAGGGAUAAUGAGGAGGUCAAAAGAAUGAGGAUAUAG